GGAAGUGGCAGUUGAAAUUGAAAGUGGAAGUUGAGCACCUGUCGACAUCGACAGAACCGGUGUUGGUGGAAAAAAAGAAAUGGAUCUACGUCUUCUCCUGCUAACCGUGGGGUCUCUUUUGAUUGUGGAAUCAAAGAGAGAUGAUGAACUCUACUGUGCAGUUUGCAGGGCUUUAACUGAUGAAGUUAACCACAGUAUUUCCUCCGUCAACUCCAAACAGAAAGUUCAAGUUGGCAGCUUUAGAGUGGACUCCAAAGGAAACCAGAAGACUGUAGAGGUACCCUAUGCAAGAUCUGAAGUUCAUCUAACAGAGGUUUUUGAGACAAUUUGUGAAAAAUUCAGGCAGUAUGGAAAUACAAAGAACGGACUAGGAAAGAGAAGUAUAGUGAGAAUGGUCUCCAGGGAUGGCAAGCCUUUGGUGCUCAAAGACAUACAGAUUACAAUGGAGGGGAUGAAACUAUUGACACACACAUGUGAGACAAUAGCGGAGGAAUAUGAAGACCAGAUAAUCCGAGCCUUUAGACACGGAGAACUUCCUGAAGUAGAAAAGAAAGUGUGUGGAGAGAUUGCAGAAUACUGCUCUGAAGAAGAUCUGAACACUCCAAUGCCAGAACCAGGUCCUGUCCAGGAAUCUCAGAAAGUGGAAGAUAAAGAAGAGGAGGAUCAGGAAAACGAGGAUGAAACAGACGAAGGCAUUGAGGAGGAGGAAGAAGGAGAAGAUGUAAAGGACUCAGACAAGAAAGAGAAAGAGGAGUUAUGAUGCGAAUUUAUAAAUAUCUAGAGGAGUUGUCUUUCUUGAUUGUAUUCAAUAGUGCUCACUUUCAGGAAAUUAGUGAAAUGUGAUUUAAAUUUUUUUUAUAUGAAUUUAUUUCUCUCUACAAAACAUGUUUGAAAAGCAUGUUCAAGGUAGACACAUGUAGUAUGAAUACAUAUAUUUAAUGAUUUGAUACUUUGUCACAAAGUGAUGUUAAAUAUUACACAUCAACACAAUUGGAAACAAAUUUCUGAUAAGGCAAUUCAAAGUAAAGGAAGAUAUAUUAAUCUGACAGCUUAAAGAACAUUAGGAAUAGGAUUGGUUAAUUUUAAUUUCUG